AUGGGUUUUGUUGUCCAGUGGGCGACACCUGCACCCCCGAUGGCUGCUGUGAUGCUGGUGAGGAACAAUGUGGAUCAAGUUAUUGUUACGACCCAUCCACCUCAAUCUGUUGUCCAGAUGGUUCGUAUUGUCUCAUCGGGCAAGACUGUGUCGGGAAUGGCCGCUGCUGUGAUACUGGUGAAGAACCAUGUGGAUCAAGUUAUUGCUACGACCCGUCCACCUCAACCUGCUGUCCCGAUGGUUCAUACUGUCCAAUCGGGCAAGACUGUGUCGGGAAUGGCCGCUGCUGCCCAGCCGAAAUGCUGUAGCAACGGAGCUUGUCCGCUAGCGGACAGCUGUUGCACAUACGAAUGCUGCCGAUCGGUCGGGCAUUGCGGAGAUGACGGCUUCUGCGCCGCAAACACCUGCACAGUAACGUCGACAUCCAGGACGACCUCGUACAACACCGUUACAACGACUGUCACCAAGGUUGUGGAAUCCGAGGAAGAGGAGCAGGGCCCAGAGUUCACGUGUCCACCAAUGACAGCUACCAACGACGCUGGCGCCACCCUUGAGUUGGGCGACGACUGUUCUUUGACCUUCUACCCGGCCCCUACGGUGACUGCCUCGACCUCUUCGUCCUUUCCGGCGUCGUCGCUUAGACCUCGAACAAACGCGGCCGAUUGCUUGGUCACGAGCACCUCCAUUAUGGGCUACACAAUUUACACACAGACAACACUCACCACGACCGUCACUGAGAUAACCACACCGGAAGGCUUUUUCUGUCCUCCUAUGACUGCUACCAAUGCCGUUGGUGACGAGUUGAGUCUGGAUGAGGAAUGCAAGCUGGAGUUCUCGCCUGGGUCCUCUGAUUCUAAUUUAUCAACUAGUUCAUCCCCACCUGAAAGUAGCAGCACGGGAAUACGUGGUGGUGGUGAUACGGCCUCCAGUGUUUCACAACGCUCUUUGCCGCGGUAUAUAAUGCUAAUCCCGGUGCCAUUAAUAUUGGUGAUGUAUGCGUGA